AUGGCUGAUGAUGAAGAAGUUGUAGAGGAAGAGCCUGAAGUUUUACAAGUUGGCAGUGCAGAAAGUGAGACUGGACUAAGUCCAGUAGAAGCUGAGAAACCUCUUGCACCACCCAAGUUUGAAGUUAGACCAGGACUUGGAGAAAAGUUUCAGAGUCAAAAUGUGCGAGAGAUAAUAUUAUCAUCUAUGCAAGAGCAGCUGUUAGGGAGACAGUAUAAAGCAGAUCAAGCACCGCGUUGGGCGAAAGUAAUAUCUAAUGCAAUUAGACAAAGAGUACAAGGUCUUGAAAUGAAGAGGUACAAAAUAUUAGUUCAAACUACAAUAUUAGAGAUGAAAGGAGCGGGUAUAGUAGCAGGGCUCAGAUGUAUUUGGGACCCUGAAACUGAUGAUUAUGCAGAGGAUUUAUUUAGAAGUGACACUAUUUUGUGUCAUUCUAUAGUGUUUGGUGUCUAUAUGUAU